AGACACAGUACAGGGAGCUGAUCAGGUUGACACUGCUGAAAUAUGGAGUUGGUGCAGGGUGAACUCACUCACCAGAAACGGCCCAGGAUUGUGGAAUCAAUCGCUUUACUGGCUCUCAUCUCUGUUGAUAUCUUUUCAGGCUCAACUGCAUUAACUGGACCUAAGAAGGUCAGAGGAGUAGUGGGAGAAUCAGUCACUGUGGAAUGUCGGUAUGAUCAGAAAUACAAGGACUACGUGAAGAAAUGGUGUAGAGGUGAAACUUACGUUGGUUGUAAUGAUCUGGUUUCGACUGAGCAGCCACAAAAAGGACAAGUAUCAAUGACUGACAACAAAAUACAAGGGAUAUUUUCAGUAACCAUGGACAAUCUAAAGAUGAGUGAUGAAGGGCUAUACCAGUGUAUGAUAGAAAGGGAAAUGUGGAAACCGAACAAAAGGUUGACCAUUUCACUGGAGGUUUCUGAAGGAACACAGCGGAAAAUUCACCACUUUUGGGCUCUGACCCGCUGGAUAGUCUUUGGAGUUCUGGUUCUUUGCACCGUUUCAAUACUUUGCAUGACAGCUGUUCAAAGACAAGUAAAUGAGAAAGUCCAUGAAAAGCAGAACCUACGACUAAGACAAAUCAGCCCAAGUCGAUACAAUCGCAACAACUUGGAGCUGAGUGCCCUCAAAACCAGGGAGCUGUAUAUCGACUUCAGGAGUAAUGGGUCUCCUCUCCACACUCUUAUCAUCAACAACUCUACAGUGGGCACUGCUUCAUCAUUCAAGUACCUGCUCAUCAGUAUUUCACUUAAGAUGAAAAUAUCCUUGGCUGCAGCCCACCAUUACUGCAGGACUUGCUCAACUGCAUUAACUGGACCUAAGAAGGUCAGAGGAGUAGUGGGAGAAUCAGUCACUGUGGAAUGUCGGUAUGAUCAGAAAUACAAGGACUACGUGAAGAAAUGGUGUAGAGGUGAAACUUACACUAGUUGUUCCGCUGUGGUUUCGACUGAGCAGCCACAAAGUGAACGAAUAACAAUGACUGAUUACAAAACACAAGGGAUACUUUCAGUAACCAUGGACAAUCUAAAGAUGAGUGAUGAAGGGCUAUACCAGUGUAUGAUAGAAAGGGCAAUGUUGAUACCGAACGAAAGGUUUACCAUUUCACUGGAGAUUUCUGAAGCUCCAGAAAAGAAGGCAACCACCUUGGAAAUUUCCACUGAAACCAUGUGGACCACUUCACCUCAGAAUGAGAUGUCCACCAGGAAAGCAGAAUCCACUGAGUCUUCAGUUUCCUCACAUCAGAUCAGGCCAACACCUUUAUCCCAAUGGCAUAUUAUACUUGCAAUUGCCUUGUCAGUUCUUUUCCUGCUGCUCAUUACUGCCAUGAUUAUUUGUGCAAAGCUCAGGCAGAAGAUGAAGACUGGAAAUGCCAGUGGUGUAUGCCAGUGUGAAGCAUCGCAGAGACGACGUGGAAAACACGUACAUGAAUCUUCGGGUUCAAGAUGCUCCUGGAAGAGCCAGAACACAACGUGCCUCAGAAACUGUGACAUAUUCAGCAGUUGCUCACUAAUAAUCAUUAACUCAAGCUCCAAAGAACACCUAGAAAACAUUGCAAAUACGUUUCUUUGUGUGUUUCUUUGUUUUAGUGCAGCUGUUUCCCACAAGCCCUCAACCAUGACAGCAUUCUGUGGGGCUGUGUUGGACUGGUGCAGGGGCAAGCCGCUGGCGGCCACGUUGGUCUUCAUCCCUCCUCGUCCUUGAACAAGCUCAGGGGUGUUCAGCAACCACAGGCUUGAUGAGACCUGUAGGCAAGACAAGGUGGCAUGGAGCCCAAUGCUGGGGGACUGUUGAGCUGGGUGAGGGAUGGCUGGC